AUGCAUUAUUCGUGGUUAAAGUAUCGAGAAGGUCUGCAAUCACUCAACAACAUAAGAAUUGACAGACACGUAUUCGCCCACAGAAUUUACAAGGACGUACAGUUCCACGUGUUUGCUGACGCUUCUGAAAAGGCCUAUGGAGCAGCGGUAUAUGUCCGUUCUGUCAGCAAUGAUAACAUCGUAACGGUGCGGUUACUAUGCGCAAAAUCCAGAGUAGCGCCAUCCAAACAAUCAAGACAACAGGCGACUAUUCCCCGCUUAGAACUUUGUGGCGCUUACCUUGCUACAGAUUUGCUACUCCGGUUACAAAAAGAUCUAGAGAUAAGCACUCAAAAAACAUUCCUAUGGACAGACUCAGAAAUAGUCCUUGCCUGGAUUAAUUCAUCAUCGUCCGCUAACCUACCAAUUUUUGUUGCUAACCGAGUAUCGCACAUUCAACAAAACACGACACCGCAGCAGUGGCACCAUGUGCCGUCGAGGGAGAAUCCCGCCGAUGUGCUAUCACGUGGCAUAGCGCCUGAAAAACUCCAGGACUGUCACAUUUGGUUCUAUGGACCAAAGUUUCUGCAUGGCCCAGUAUCAAAUUGGCCACCUGCAUACAAGCCAGCUGUAGUGAACCACUUAUCUGCUGCAAUUGCCAUUCCAGAUCCGCCCCCACCUGAAGAUAUAUUGAUGUGCAUAAAUCACAAAAACUCCUUCAAGAAGGCAGAAAGACUGGUCGCUUACAUAUUGAGGUAUAAGCACAACCUCAAGCAAAAGGCCUUAAUAGCAAGACUUGAAAGGAACAAAGAUAAAUUAUCCGCCCAAGAAUUGUUAAACAAAUUGGCUGAAAUCAAGCUGUGGAGUGGGCCAUUAACAGUUGCUGAAAUCAACAAUGCAAAGAAGGCAAUACUGAAGAAAAUGCAGCAAAAUAAAUUCAAGGAAGAAUUCAAAAUUCUGAGAAAUGGAGCUGAACUGCCUAAACAUAAUCAGUUUAACAGCCUCACACCGUUUCUAGAUGAAGAGGGCCUGAUACGAGUUGGAGGGCGCUUAGAGGCAUCGUCACUACCGUAUGAUGCUAAGCAUCCCAUCCUCAUACCGCAUGAUCAUCCAUUCAGUAAAUUGCUACUGGCAUCGAUACACGAAGACAACAACCAUGUCGGUCCACAAACAUUGCUUUCCAUAGCUAGGCAAAGCGUUUGGCCAGUUAAGGGAAAGAUGCUUGCUCGAUCAAUCUUCCACAAAUGUGUUCAAUGUGCUCGCGCUUCACCAAAACUACUAACUCAGCAAAUAGGAAAUUUACCCACUCAUAGAAUUCAACCAGCAAGACCAUUCAUCAAUACUGGUGUUGACUUUUGUGGUCCCGUUUCAACACAUUACAAAAUAAGAGGCAAGAAACCUCAAAAAUCAUACAUUGCGAUAUUUUGUUGUUUUUCCACCAAAGCUUGCCAUUUAGAACUUGUAACGGAUUUGACUGCACAAGGGUUCAUAGGAGCUCUUAAACGAUUUAUGGCUAAAAGAGGUCAUUGCCGAAACAUAUAUUGCGAUAACGCAACUAAUUUCGUUGGUGCGAAGAAUCAACUACUGUCAGAACUAAUGGCUUUUUUGGAAUCCCCCAAAGAAAGGGAGAAAAUAUCCUCGUCCUGCGUAACGAAAGGUUGCGAUUUCCACUUCAUUCCACCACGUUCGCCUCAUUUUGGGGGUCUAUGGGAGGCAGCGGUCAAGUCAUCCAAGCAUCUACUACAGCACACUCUAGCAGGAGCUUCAUUAACUUACGAAGAGCUAGAAACAGUAGCUACCCAGGUUGAGGCUAUACUGAAUUCAAGGCCCAUUACUCCAAUGUCCACCUCUCCAAAUGACCUUACUGCUUUAACUCCUGGCCAUUUUCUAAUUGGAGAGCCGCUCGUCAACAACGUUGAUCCUGCAGCUGUACCAAACAAUACAGGGUUGCUCGCUCGAUGGAACCUUGUAAACCAUCUUAAAAACGAAUUCUGGCGUCGCUGGUCUCGUGAUUAUUUAAAUCAGCUUCAGCACAGGUAUAGAUGGAAAGAAAGAUGUGAGAAUGCUGAACCCGGUAUGAUGGUGUUAAUCAAAGAAGAUAACACCUCAAGCCUGAAAUGGCCGAUUGGACGCAUCACAAACGUGAUAACUGGUAAUGAUGGGUUAGUUCGAGUUGCUGAUGUAAGAACGGCCAAUGGGACAUUCCGGCGUGCCAUCCACAGAUUGGCUCCCCUUCCAGUUUCAAUUCCGGAUGAGGAAAGGGAAACGGAGGAUAACACAGCCCGUUGCUCAUCAAAUUCUGCACGCUCAUCCAACAAACCUGAAGACGACCCAGUGCCAAAAAAGAGAUUCAAGCCUACAAUUGCAUCCACAACCCUUGCUAUACUUUUGGCAUUUAUAUUUAUACCAAUGAUGGCAUGUAACCCAGUCAAAAUUCAGCCGUUUCAAUCACAGCCAGGUAUUUACUUCGAAAACUUCGGAACCUCAGCUCUGACAUCAAGCAAUUGGAACAUAGUCGCCUAUUAUGACAUGGACCCAUAUUGGACCGAGUAUAAUUCGAUUUAA